AGCCUGAGCCCGCCGGAGCCUGCGCCGCGCCCGCCCGCCGCUGCGCCUUUCACCGCGGAGCCCCGGCCCGGUCCUCCCGCCCGCUCCUGCGCAGCGCGAGCCUCUUCCCGCCCCCCAGCUCCCGUCCCGCGCGGUGCAGCCCCGGCUGGAGCGGCGAUGCGCCUUAUUCAGAACAUGUGUACCAUCGCUGAGUACCCCACUCCGGGCAGCGCCGCCGCCGCCGAUUGCUGCUUGGGGGCGGCGGGCCGCCGUCUGGUCAAGAUCGCCGUGGUUGGGGCCAGCGGCGUGGGCAAGACCGCUCUGGUGGUCCGGUUCCUUACCAAACGAUUCAUUGGUGACUACGAACGAAAUGCAGGUAAUCUUUAUACCAGACAAGUCCAAAUAGAAGGUGAAACCCUGGCUAUUCAGGUUCAAGACACUCCAGGUGUUCAGGUCCACGAGAACGGCUUGAGCUGCAACGAGCAGCUGAAUAGGUGCAUUCGCUGGGCUGACGCCGUGGUGAUCGUUUUCUCCAUCACUGACCACAAGAGCUAUGAACUCAUCGGCCAGCUCCACCAGCACAUCCAGCAGCUACACCUGGGCACCCGGCUGCCUGUGGUGGUCGUGGCCAACAAGGCUGACCUGUUGCACAUCAAGCAGGUGGACCCUCAGCUCGGACUGCAGCUGGCCAGCAUGCUGGGCUGCUCCUUCUAUGAAGUGUCGGUCAGUGAAAAUUACAACGACGUCUACAACGCUUUCCACGUCCUGUGCAAAGAAGUGAGUCACAAACAGCAGCCCAGCAGCACGCCAGAGAAGCGAAGAACCUCCCUCAUCCCCAGGCCCAAGUCGCCCAACAUGCAGGACCUGAAGAGGAGGUUCAAGCAAGCGCUCUCGGCCAAAGUGAGGACUGUCACCUCCGUGUGAAGCAGGGGUGCUCAAGGGGGUUGGCCUUCCUGGAAAGAGGGCCUGAGGUUCUUCCGGGGCGGGAAUGUUGAAUGCUGCCAGUGAUUCAUGGUUCCAGAAGGGGCUGGAGCAGAGGGGCCAGGAGGGCCUACGGGACUGCUGCAGAAAAGGAAGCGUUGUUCUGAGCAGGGGGACAGAAUUGAUGAGGCUUGAAGGAGCCCACCGAGCCACACUCUGCAUAUGUGAAAUAGACUCUUUUUCUCUGCAGUGGGGAGCGGGCAUGAUCGCGGUGGAUUUGGUUCUUAAGUACCUUGUAAAUGAUGGUCGGUUGUAGUUUUGCCAAAUAUAUUGAUGUGAUUUACAAUGGGAAUGAAAGAACAGAUUCAGCUCUCACAGGCUUUCCUUUUUUUUUUUUUUUCACUUCUUUCUUUUUUUAUCCCCCCAAGAGGAAGAAUUGCUUUUCUCUUACAAGUAUGAUUUGCAUCUCUGGAACACUAUUCCUUACAGAAUGCCUUCCUAACCUGAAGGAUACCCAGUUUUUUUUUUAAAGAACAAAGAGGAAAAUACUAGCCCUCCCCCCACCCCCCCAAAAAAAGGUGGAGUUCAUGGGCUGAGUGCUGUGUCGAUGGAGCUCUGCAAGGGUCCCUGGCCUCGGGAGGGUGCCCCUACCUCCUGACGCAGGAUGAGUCGGCUUCAUUGGGCCUGUGUUGGGUGGUUGAGAACUCAACUCUUCGGCCCCAGACUUUGAGUAAUUGCGAGACUGUAUAAUUUUUUUUAAACUCUUGCAUCAGGUACAGAAAAAAAAGUGUCCAAUGAUUUUGGUGUGAUUUUUGUAAACGGCUCACACAAUGACGUCGGGUUGCGUCCUAGGCCCGGCCGAGUGGUGGCUGUGAGUGGCUAAAACGAGAGAACACUCUCUUGCAGCAAGUGAACAGAUGCAGGGGCCGCCGCCAAUUCCCCUACAUGGAUGCACUUUAAAAGCCACUCGUGCUUUGACUUAAACUGUAAUUAAUUUAUUUUAUGUACAAUAAAUCUCAUUUUAAAAGAGCA